AAUCCUUCGGAGUAAAAAGGCAAAGAGAAAACUGAGUAAAAAGAAAAAGCAAACGACAAUGGCAGUGGAAGUUGACGAAAAUGAGCUGAAAGCUGCCGGAGCAGAGCUGUUAAACGACGGUCGGCUUGGAGUGCGUAUAAAUGGCUGGGAAAUCGUUUCUCGCAAGGGCUCUAUUCUCACCUCUUCCACUUUUCAACUGUGGGAACAAAAGCUUCAGUCUUCUCACUUACCAGAGAUGGUUUUUGGCGAUAGUUCUUUAGCUUUUAACCAUGUGAAUAGUGGUAUCAAGAUUCAUUUCAAUGCAUUUGAUGCCCUUACUGGCUGGAAGCAAGAAGCUUUGCCACCUGUUGAAGUUCCUGCAGCAGCAAAAUGGAAAUUCAGAAGCAAACCAUCCCAGCAGGUGAUAUUAGAUUAUGAUUAUACAUUCACAACACCAUAUUGCGGAAGUGAAACAAUUGAGGUAGAUACAGAAAAGAAUGAAAGUGGGGAAUUUUUGGAGGCAAGCUCAAGCCUCCACUGGGAGGACAGCGAGCAGAAAAUUGAUUUGGUUUCUCUGGCAUCAAAAGAGCCGAUUCUUUUCUAUGAUGAGGUAGUCUUGUAUGAAGACGAGCUUGCUGAUAAUGGAGUGUCGCUGUUAACUGUGAAAGUGAGAGUCAUGCCAAGUUGUUGGUUUCUUCUUUUGCGAUUCUGGCUUAGAGUUGAUGGAGUCUUGAUGAGAUUAAGAGACACACGUAUGCAAUGCAUUUUUGGUGGUGGCAACCCUGUCAUUCUUCGGGAAAGCUGCUGGAGAGAAGCCACCUUUCAAUCUAUCUCUGCUAAAGGGUAUCCUUCUGAUUCUGCUGCAUAUAGUGAUCCAAGCAUCAUCGGUCAGAGGCUUCCUAUCAUCAUGCAUAAGACCCAAAAGCUUAAAGUCCAUGGUAAUUUGUAAGGCUGUGGACUGUCUUCGUGUAUAAAGGUUUGAAUUGUUGUGAUUGUGGUCGUAGAGAAUUCAGUUUUUUUUUUUUUUAUUUGUUUAUUUAUUUAAGUACUCAUGCUAAAUCAGUAAGCUAGUUUGACAAUUUUAUUACCGGGGAUAUGAAAAUGAAAAAGAUAAAGUCAAUUGUGUGAACCAAGGUAUUAACAUAAAUUUUCCUAUUUCUGUUUUCA